AGUUUUAAAAGGAUGGUGUUUUAUCGCGGCGUAUCAGCCAUUUCAAGGCUUCGGUCACGAGCCGUGCAACAAUCUUCACUUAUUAGCAACUCCGUCAGAUGGCUCCAGAUGCAGAGCUCUUCUGAAUUGGACUUGAAGUCGCAGAUGCGAGAGCUAAUUCCAGAACAACAGGACCGUUUGAAGAAACUGAAAUCAGAACAUGGAAAGGUUCAACUGGGGAACAUCACUGUUGAUAAGGUGCUUGGUGGAAUGAGAGGGAUGACUGGAUUACUCUGGGAAACCUCAUUGCUUGAUGCUGAUGAGGGAAUACGCUUUAGGGGCAUGUCGAUUCCUGAAUGCCAGAAAGUAUUACCUUCAGCUCAAUCUGGAGAAGAGCCUUUGCCUGAGGGUCUUCUGUGGCUUCUGUUAACUGGAAAGGUGCCAAGUAAAGAGCAAGUUAAUGCUUUGUCAAAAGAGUUGGCUCAUCGUGCUGCUGUUCCAGAUUAUGUUUACAAAGCUAUAGAUGCUCUGCCUUCGACAUCUCAUCCAAUGACUCAAUUUGCUAGCGGUGUUAUGGCCCUUCAGGUUGAAAGUGAGUUUCAGAAAGCAUAUGAGCAGGGUGAUGUUCAUAAGUCAAAGUUCUGGGAGCCAACCUAUGAGGAUGCCCUAAACUUGAUUGCUCGUGUCCCUGUUGUAGCUUCAUACGUUUAUCGGAGGAUGUACAAGGAUGGUAGCAUCAUUCCAUUAGAUGAUUCUUUGGAUUAUGGUGCAAAUUUUUCACACAUGCUGGGAUAUGAUAGUCCUCAGAUGAAAGAGCUCAUGAGGCUUUCUGUCACUAUCCACAGUGAUCAUGAAGGUGGAAAUGUUAGUGCUCACGCUGGUCACCUGGUUGGGAGUGCACUUUCAGAUCCAUAUCUUUCAUUUGCAGCUGCGUUAAAUGGUUUAGCUGGGCCACUCCAUGGUUUGGCUAAUCAGGAAGUUUUGUUGUGGAUCAAAUCAGUUGUCGAGGAAUGUGGAGAAAAUAUAUCAAAGGAACAGCUGAAAGAUUAUGUUUGGAAAACGUUAAACAGUGGCAAGGUUGUUCCAGGAUAUGGCCAUGGUGUUUUGCGUAAAACGGAUCCAAGAUAUGUAUGUCAAAGAGAGUUUGCCUUGAAGCAUUUACCUGAUGAUCCUCUUUUUCAGCUGGUCUCAAAGCUUUAUGAAGUGGUGCCUCCUAUUCUAACUGAGCUGGGAAAGGUCAAGAAUCCCUGGCCUAACGUUGAUGCUCAUAGCGGAGUGCUACUGAACUAUUAUGGUCUAACCGAAGCAAGAUAUUACACUGUGCUUUUUGGCGUCUCAAGGAGUCUCGGCAUCUGCUCACAGCUGAUAUGGGACCGGGCUCUUGGACUACCACUAGAGCGGCCAAAGAGCGUAAACAUGGAGUGGCUCGAUAACUUCAUGCGCUCGAAACGCUAA